AAUGACAGAAGGUAGGAGAGAGCUGGAGCAGAAGCAGCAUCUGCUCUGUGUAUCCUCUCUGGGAAGAUGAAGCUCCUCCUCCUCCUCCUGAUGACUUUUCUUCUGUCUCAUGAGACUGGAGCUGAUGAAAUCCUUUGGGGCAAAGAAUCAAGUCCCCAUUCCCGUCCUUACAUGGCUUUUCUGUAUAUCAAUCGUAAUAAUUCAUGGUACAACUGUGGUGGGUUCCUGAUUCGCAGUGACUUUGUGAUGACAGCAGCCCAUUGUGAAGGAGACUUCAUCACAGUUGUCCUUGGAGCACAUAAUGUCAGCAAGAGAGAAGAGACUUGGCAGAUCCUUAAAGUCAAACAUCAAUUUCUUCACCCAGAAUAUAAUGAUGAAAGGCUUUUGAAUGACAUCAUGUUACUAAAGCUGGAGAAGGAAGCAAACCCGACAACGGCAGUCUGGCCUGUUUACCUGCCCUCAAGAUACAAUUCUGUCUCACCUGGGCAACAGUGUCUAGUAGCUGGCUGGGGAGGUACAAAACUAAAGCCCCGGGGAUCUGACACUUUACAAGAGGCAGAACUAAGACUAACGAAACCCAGUGACUGCAAAGGCUUUAAAUAUUUUGAUGAGAGAUCCCAGUUGUGUGUAGGGACUCCCAACUCAUAUAAAACAACAUUCUCGGGAGAUUCUGGAGGACCCCUCGUUUGUUCUGGUGUGGCCCAAGGCAUUGUCUCCUAUGGAAACAAUGAAGGACCACCUUCAGGCUUCACAAGAAUUGCUCAUUACCGCUCCUGGAUCAACCAAAUCCUGAAAGCAAAUUAGCUUCUAUGGCCCUGGCUCAGCAAAAAAGGAAUCUCCCUCCUAGGGCCCAGCCUCCUCUCUAUGUCCCUCACACUAGGACUGUCCCCCUGACUGCCCAACUCCGUCCCAGAUUUCAAGAUGUGUGGGGGAGUGGAGGAGAUUAAAGGGUAUGAAGAGUUACUCUGGACAUUGAACUGAAGGUCGACUAUGACUGCAAUAAACUGAAGCAUCCA